UGUGAGUGAGCGAGGGGCUUCGGGCGCGCGCACACACACAGAGGGCCUUGUGUUGUGGUUCGGUGACCGACAUCACACUGCAGGUCACGCCGGGGACAGAGGAGCAACUACGGGCUGCCAGCGAGAGAUUGACUCCAGCAGUCACAAUGGCAGACAGCGGGAAGACUAAUGAGACUGGAGCUGCAGCAGCAAAACCAGCUAAUGGAGAUCAGCAGAGUGUUGUUUCCCGAGUGAGCCAUUUGCCUCUGGUCAGUUCAGCUUGCGGGGUGGUUUCCAGCGCCUACAGCAGCACCAAAGACAGUGUGCCCUUGCUGAAGGGAGUGAUGGAUGCGGCAGAAAGUGGUGUGCGAACCCUGGGAGCAGUGGCGACCACGGGGUCGAAGCCGCUUCUGGACAUUAUUGAACCCCAGCUUGCUACAGUGAAUGAAUACGCCCUGAAAGGACUGGAUAAGAUGGAAGAGAAGCUGCCAAUUCUUCACAAACCAGCAGACAAGGUGGUGUCGGACACGGUGGGCAUGGUGUAUCAGUCGGUGGCUGGGGCCAAAGACGCUGUGAUGGGGGCUGUGAUGGGUGGUGUGGAGCUGACCCGGGCAGCAGUCAGCGGAGGCAUCACCACCGCCAUGGGCACCCGGAUGGGCCAGAUGGUCAGCAGUGGGAUGGGCAUGGCCCUGAGCCGGUCCGAGCACUGGGUUGACCAGAACCUGCCGCUCACGGAGAAGGAGCUGGCUGCUGUGGCUGAACCGGUCACCAGUGAGGUGACGGCCGCAUCGAGCCCCAGCUACUUUGUCCGCCUGGGGAAACUCUCCGCCAAAGUCCAGGAGCGAGCCCUGCAGCACUCCCUGGUCCGUGCCGGCCUCGCCAGGGACACCACCUACACCACAGUGGCUCAGAUCACCAGUACUCUGGACCUGCUGGAGAUGGCCCGCACCGGUCUGGGCACCGCCGGUAACCAGAUAGGAGGAGCCUCCGAGCAGCUGCUGCAGCGCUGGAAAGACUGGAAGCAGAAGCAAGCUGGAGCUGGACAGGCUGAUUCAGAGCCAGCCGGGACCACAGAUGAGGCUGAGCAGCUGGAGUGGCGUGUCCUCUCCAUGGUGCACGGGCUGAGUGACCAGCUGAGAUCGGCAUGCUCCAACGUGGUGUCAAGUGCUCAGGGUCUGCCAGGUGCAGUCCAGGACCAGCUUACGAGCGCAAGGCGAUCAGCUGAAGAACUGCACUCCUCUCUGGGGACCACCAGCACCAUCACGCCCCUCCUUCUGGAGCGCAGCCGCCAUCACCUGAGCCAGGUUCAGCGGUCUCUGGACGGUGUCAUGGACUAUCUACUGAACAACACACCACUCAACUGGCUGGUGGGACCUUUUGCGCCUCAGAUCGCCGAGAAGGCGGAGGAAGAUGGAGCGAUGGGGCAGAGUGGACCUGGCAACUAGACUUGCAAGACUCUUGAGUUUUCUCCAUGAGGGGGGGGGGCAAGAAACUGGUGUAUACUGUACCUGGACCUUUUGAGAAAGAAAAAAAAAUCAAAUCUGCUUGCUUUAAUGAAAUAUUUAUAAUGGACAAAAUAUUCAGCAUUUAAUAACUCAAUAACAUGUGUGAUGUAGAGGUUGACUCAACGCUCUGACGUGGCCAUAGAGGUUUUGUAUAUCUGUGCACUUUAUUUUACAUCAAAAAAGUAUUUUUAAAAUGAUCUACUACGCAUGUGCUCAAAAUGUGCUGAUUCCUGAAAACUUUUGUUGGUGCCUUAAAGAAGUAUUUAAGAAUUACUUGACUUUAACAAAUGCUCAAUCUCCCUUUUGUGUGAAUAAAAACGGCGAUCAAAUAAACCUCUGGAUGGAGAGCUCACUGUACUCAUCAUUGCAGACUGGCCGUUUUAAUUCCAGUAUUUUGUAUUCUGUGUCUGCACCUUUUUGUGGGCUUCUGGAGUUCGAUGGAUCUGUGACACAGUAUUGAUACCGAAUGCAUUGAUUAAAGUGUUAUCACUCA